AUGAGACUGGCGUGACGGUGCGUCGGUUUUGUCCCUGUGUUUCGGCGCCGGUUGUCUGUGACUCGUGGACUUGUGUCUGUGCGAGGAGAGGAAGCGCUGUUCGGGAUGGUGCAGGAGACUUUCGAAGCCAUAAGGAUGGCGGCUGGUGGCCAUAGUGAGGUCAAGUGCGAGCAGCUCGAGUGCUGCGCCGGCUGCAGUCUGAAGAUCACGGACCGCUUCUUGCUGCGGAUGAUGGAUGCCUCGUGGCACGAGGAGUGUCUCGUCUGCUCCGUCUGCCGCGUCCGCCUCACGCAGUCCUGCUUCACCAAGGACAACAAGGUCUUCUGCAAGUACGACUACGAAAGGCUAUACCUGUUCAAGUGUUCCGGGUGUGGGGAGCGCGCGCUGCCCCACGAGCUGGUGAUGCGCGCCCAGACACAGGUGUACCACAUGCAGUGUUUCGUGUGCGUGGUGUGCUGCCAGCUGCUGCAGAAGGGCGACCAGUUCGUGCUGCGACAGGGCCAGCUGCUCUGCAGGGCCGACUAUGAGAAGGAGAUGUUCAUGCUGCAGCAGACACAGGGAGACUUCUGGGACGCCGGCAUUCCAGGUCUGGACCUGGGUGACGAGACGGGCCGGCCUCGGGACGGUCGCAGGGGUCCCAAGCGGCCCCGAACCAUCCUGACCUCAGCCCAGCGGCGUCAGUUCAAGGCCUCGUUCGAGGUCAGCCCCAAACCGUGCAGAAAGAUCCGCGAGGCGCUGGCCAAGGAGACGGGUCUGUCGGUGCGCGUGGUGCAGGUCUGGUUCCAGAACCAGCGGGCCAAGAUGAAGAAGCUGCAGCGACGCGCCAAGCAGCAGCAGGACGGCCAGGACAAGGACAAGCCGGACAAGAAGGACGCCGCCGACCCCGCCGACAAGAAGGCAGAUACUGAUUAUGUGGCCGACAGUCCAUACGGCUCUGGAACGCCCAGCGUCGGUCACCCGUACUCCCCUGACGCACAAUCAAACGAGAGUUUCUGUGGCUCGGAUGACGUCAGUCUCGAGGACACCGCCUCAUUUGAGAACCUCGACGAGAGCCACGCCGAACCCAACAUGAUGCAGACGUCGUCAGCCCCACAGCCGCUGGACAUGAUGCAAAACUACGGCAGCAUCAACCCCAUCGACAAGCUGUACCUCAUGCAGAACUCGUACUUCACCGACCGUGACCACUGAGGACCCGCUACUGCAGGCAAAUGAUGGACAGGACUCGCCGUCACGUCCGAACCAAGCCGAGAAAAACUAGCCGAGGAGCCGGCAGAACAGGCCCUACUGUUAACGCCA